AAAGCGGCAACAUGUUGCAUAUACAAAAUGAGUGAAAAUUGAGAAAUUUUAAUGAAAACAAAUAACAACAACAAAAAACAACUGCUAAAGAAAACAAAAGUAAAUAUUCAUUAAUAAAAUUAAUGAUUGGCAACCAGUGAUAACAGACCAAUGAUGGUUUAUACAACAUUUUGAAUGAUAGUCAGUCAUUACCAUGACAUCUCUUGUUUAUAUGUUUGUAUUACUGUUAUCUAGUACUUAUGUCCUGUGUUGAAAAAAAAAAUACUAUAAAACACUGAGGAUUUUUGGCUAAAGUAACAGUUGUGUCCCUUUAAUUAUAGAGAAAAUGUCUCGAUUAUAUUUAUUGGUUAUUAUCAUCUUCGGUUGUUAUAUCACUUUCUUGAGUGCUGCCAACGAUUCUAGUUAUCUUUUUAAAAGCACUUAUUUUAAGUAUAAAGUAAGACUGAUUAACUACACGAGCCGCAUUUUCUGUAGUUCUCAAGUGAAAGUGGUAAAUGUUUAUUUUGAAAAUGAAACCUCAUUAAGUUCUCCGGGACAAAUAUUAAAAGUGCUUAAUGAUUGUGGCGUAUCGCAUAUUUCUUUUAGAAACAAAUUUCGCACUAAGCCUCUGGAAAUACUCAAAGAUGAUGGCAUAAUCAUGUAUUUAAUAAUGGUACUACGUGAUAUCUCUCAAACCGUUCAGCUAACGUUUCUACGCAGAAGAUCAGCUUCCAAACAUUUAACCUUUAUAUUUCUAAUGAUAGAAGAUUCAAAGUCCGUAACAUCGGAAUGGCUGGAAAGUACUUUUGAAAAUUUUUGGAAUAUGCGUAUUUUAAAUGUAGCUGUCAUUUGUCAUCAUGGUGGUAAAUUGCAUAUACAUCGCUAUGAUCCCUUUCUUAAACGACUAAUGCCGGAAACAGAAACCAAAGAACGAUAUCAUAAUCUCACAGUAAGAGAUAUAUUUCCUCAAAAUAUUUUAAAUAUGAGAGGUCAACCGUUACGUAUGUGUAUGUAUCAAGAUGAUAUACGUUCGCUAUAUGAUCAUCGGGACCAGUUAAUAGGAUCAGAUGGUUUAAUGUCGGUCUAUUUGGCGGAACGUUUAAAUGCCACACGCAUUAUAAAUUGGGUGAAGCCCUAUGGCAAUACCUCGAUUACCAAUGAUAUUUGCUUUAGAGAAAUUGUAGAGGAAAUCGAUGAUGUUUCGGUAAAUAUAAGAUUUUUAUCAUUGGAGUCGUUUUACAAGAGGGCGGAAUAUACUAUAGUACAUAGUCGUGAUGAUUUGUGUGUUAUGGUACCGAAAGCUAAAAUUGCCUCAACAUUUUGGAAUCUAUUUCGCUCGUUCAAUAUGGGAGUUUGGUUUACGAUCUUAUCAACCAUAAUAUUUGCCUGUGUAUUUUGUCUUAUUAGCUAUAGAAAAAUAUGUUGUAACAGUAACUUUAUUUUGCAAUUAUAUGCCUGUAUAAUAGCCAUGCCCUUUCUGAAGUUGCAUCGUCCUACCUCUUUACGCAUUUUCCUAUGUGUUUGGCUAGUAUAUGGCAUGUUAAUAUCGGCUGCUUUUAAAGGCAAUCUCACUGGUAACCUGGUGAAUCGCCAGUAUUUACCAGAUGUUAAUACUAUAAGGGAUUUAGUCGAGAGUCCCUAUCAUUUGGCUGUUUUGCCUCGUCAUCUAAAACACAUACACCGUUAUAUAGAUAUAAAGAAUAUGCACGGAGCCAUGUUGAAAGAGAAACUAAUCGAAAUACCUGAUUUACAAUUCAAGUAUUUGAUAGAAAUGAAUAACUUGUCUUAUGCCUAUUUGCAAAAAUAUCAUGUUUCUGUAUUUCACGUCAAUUCCAGAAAACAUUCCAAAUGGGGUCAACCUCUUUUUCAUGUUAUGGAACAGUGUAUUGUUCCAUUUCAUGCGGUUUAUAUUGUACCCUAUGGUUCACCGUAUUUGGGUUUUAUUAAUACGCUAAUGCGUAAUGCCCAGGAAUUUGGUUUCAUUAACUAUUGGGAUCGUUUAAUGAAUGCGGCGUUUCGCAGCUCUAGAAGAAGUAUAUUUCGUAAAAGACGUUCUGAUGAUGAUGAACCUGUAGUCCUUAAGUUGGGACAUUAUCAGGCAGUGUUUUGUUUUUUAUUUUUUGGUUUGGUAGUUUCAUCGAUAUGUUUCCUCUGUGAGUUGUUGUUUACUCCAGAGUUUAGGCGAAAAUCCAAAAGUUUCUAUGAGUUUUUAAAUUUUGAAGUUUGAUUGUAGUGAAAGCUUUUCCCUGCUUAAGAUCGCCAAAAAGCCUCUUAAAAUAAUGAAUUCUGGGUAACGAAUUAAUACAGUUAGACAAAGAGCUUUUUUUAAUCACAAAAAUUCUUCUACGCGAAAAAAGUUUUUUUGGUAAAACAUUUUUGAUGACAUAAAGAUUUUGACAAAAAAGAAGCUUUUUUAUGAAAAGUUUACUUGAAACUUACGAUAAACCCUUUCGUAUGAUAAAUGAAAACUCUUUGAAGCGAGCUAAGAUGCAAACAAGCUUUGAAACAGUGACAUUUUUAAGCUCUGGCCGCGAUUGUAAACAACUAGUUUAUGUUAAAAAGCUUUAAAUUCAACAGUUAAAAAACUUUUACAGCAUUCUGCGAAUGAUUUUAUAUAAAAAAACAUAAACCUUAUAAAUUAAAAACUUCAAACUUUAAAGCUUAACAUAACACAAAUAGGAGCUUUUUUCACAUUAUUUUUUUCAAUUAAUUCUAACAUUCCCAAAAAGGACAACAAUAAUAACAUGCUUUUAGAAAACUAAACAAAAAACUUACCACUUUCUUUUCCUCCAAAGCUUUAUUGGCUUCUUUUAGGGCAUUUAUCUCAUUUGUCAGUCUUUGUAUUUCAUAAUUGACUAGGCCACCCAUGGCAGCCUGUGGCAAGUUAUUUUCGUUAUUUGUGCUGGCUGUAUCACAUUUUUUAUUGUUAUUAUUAACACCAGCUUUCUUUAAAAGCUCUACAGCAUUUUGUAGCUUUUUCACUUCAGUUUUCCAUUUACGUGCUUCAGAUUCAUUUUGGGCUC